GUAGGAGAAGUUCAGUCAUUGUAUUCUACAUUAGCGUUAAUAUAGUUUGUGUCAUUUAACUUUGCCGGGUCUUAACUACCAGAUAUGGACCUUGCUUACUAAAAUAUGCAGUCACUCUCCUCAUAUAUUAGACCGUGAAGCGGACAGGGUGGUCAUUGUCGCUCCUACGCGCAACUCUUCCUUUCGCAAUCAGAGCUGUAAAAGGUGGAGAUAGAUUUUUUUGGCCAGGCUUUCGGGGAAUUUUAGUUUCUACAUUUCUAGCUGGACUGAAUAUGUCUCCUUCGCGGUCAAUAUUAUUGGUGGGAGAAGGGAACUUCUCGUUUUCUGCCGCUGUGAGCCAGUUACACGCUGAACAAGAGACCAGCAUAACGGCCACUUGUCUGCAGCAACAGGAUGAGGCACUGCGGCAUGAAGGUGCAGCCAUUAACAUUCAGAUCAUCAAGGACUCGGGUGGGACUGUGCUUUUCGACGUGGACUGCACAAAACUGAAGGAAUGUGCAUCUCUGCAGGGCCGUGUGUUUGACCGUGUGGUGUUCAACUUUCCCCACUGCGGGAGAAAGAGUGGGGUUAAAAAGAACAGAGAACUUCUCAAAAACUUCUUCCUCAGUUGCAUUCCUUUGUUGGCUGAAGAUGGGGAGGUUCAUGUUUCCUUGUGCAAUGGUCAAGGCGGGACACCAGUAGACCAGCCGAAGCGAGAGUGGCACAACAGCUGGCAGGUGGUUGCCAUGGCAGCAGAAGCACACCUAAUCCUUAGUGACAUCCAGCCUUUUGAAAGUGAGAGAUACCAGAGCUACAAGUGCACUGGAUACAGGAGCCAGGAUAAGGGCUUUCAUGUGGAGAAAGCUUUGCUCCAUGUGUUCACUCGCAGCCUCCCCUACACCUCUGCUCAGAUGCUUAAGGUGGAGGAGGUUAUUGAAGGAGGGAAGGUCCAGUACACCAUACCAGCUGAACUCAGUGAUUUCAUAUUCAGGGGAUUUCUCUGCUCAGGUUCUGUUCACCCUGUCAGACUGGUACAAGAUUUUCUUCUUGAGGGGCUGACGGAGAAGUGGUCUGUCUCCAUGACAACAGAGACCCUUCCUUUCCUCCUCCCGGCCAAACAGCUGCAGAAGUGUUGCCGUAUUGUAGACAGUACACAUCGCAAUUGGGUCCACCUGUUUGAGAAAGACCUCAACUCUGACACUCAUACCUCUGUAGACAAACAAAAAUAUCAGUUGAUGUUCUUGGACAGUGAGGGGGACACAGAUACACAAGAUACUCUGGUAGCCUCAUGUGUUGCCUCUGAAAAAGUGGACAGGGCGAGGAACAAAGGAUCUGAAAGUCUAAGGCCUGCAUGUGCUCUCGAAGUUGAUCCUGAAGGGGAAAGUGCUCUUUAUAUUCUGCGUCCAUCACUGCUCCCUCAGAUGGAAGAGCUUCUAGCUAAAAAAGGACAUUUUAUUAAUAAUGCAGGGAGUAUUGGGGAGAAUGAUGAAGAUAACAGAAGUGUUACAAUUGAAGGAAAUAAGAAGGAUGGAGCCUGUGGAAGCUGUAAUGGUGUUACCAGCUUGUUAUUUGGCAUCAGUGGCCUUGUGUUCAGGAACAUACCUGUCAACCUCUGGGCUCUGCCUGCCUUUCAUGAGCUUCUCCUCAGAGGUGUGUUCCCUUCAGAAUGUGAGCCAAUCAAAUUGCUUGGACAGAGGCUGGAAACGCUGCUCACUCCCUAUGGGGUCUGUCUGGUUACAGAACAGGGAGGUCUGCGUCUAAUGGCACAGCCAAUGGGUUUGGUUGGUAAGGUGUUCGCAAGCAAUGCAGGCGAACACAUUAGCCAUGUCAGUAUCACCGUGUCCUUAAAUCUGGACCUUCUUGCUGUGCUCCUGUUCUCACUCCCUGACUGGAGGCUGCUGUGGUCACAUGACCAACGCUUCUUAAAGCAGUUUGCACUGUGCCCAUCACCAGGGACUCCUUUUCAGCCAUUUUCCUUGUUCCCCGAGCACUUCAGCUUCGACAUCAGCUUCUGGACAGGACCGACGUGGGAGGAGAAGAAGUUCCACGCCGUGGUCCGAGAGGCCAGCCUUGAGACUGUGGAGCAAGUUAAACUCAUUGAUACAUUCUCACAUCCUGACCUGAGCCAGACAAGUUACUGCUACAGACUCAUCUACCGUUCACACACGCAUGCUCUGUCACACACACAAGCCCUCCAGUUUCACAAACACCUGGAGUCUUUACUUUCCUCUCGGUUGAAAGUCACCAUCAGAUAGCUACAUUUUAACCUCUCAGAGGAACAGGGAUUUGACAUCAGACAUUAUAAUUACAGGUCUGUUUGUGACUACUAAGCUAACUAGAAGCAUAGAAUAUGCAAAACUGUAGAUGAACAGUGUUUUACAGUAUGGAAGCAUUGUUUGUUAAGAGUAUGCCUUGAAAUGAGAAACAAAGAAUUAUGUGUAUCUAUGUGUAUUUUAUUAUACAACAAACCUGUUAUUUAAGAUAAAUGUGUGGGCUGUUGAUAAUAUAAAAUAGUAAAGGUCAUGUAGUAUUUAAUGUGACAAGCAUAAAGGCAAGUGCUUUGUGAUAAAAUUGUUGUGAAAUCAUUAAUCUUUGUUGUAAUAGCAUCUGUAACCAGCAAAUGCAGUUUAUUCCACUAAGGUUAUAUGUUUGAGACAUUUGGGUAAAUACAAAUAAUAUCUUUCUAAUAUGUUCCUGGAAAG